GUUAUCGGACCCACUAAUACCCUUAUGUCGGUACGAUCCUUUCCAAAAGCUGGCCGUGUUUUUCCAGGGAGUUCCAAAACCUCCGUUCCGAUAUCUGAAGGCUCGAAUUUGGAAUCUCUUAGGAGCUACCGGCGGCCGUAAACCGCUGUCGCGUUCGGCUCCUUCCAUCCUCUCCAACAGAACACGAUCGAUUGCAGGUAGCCGAGAAGAAGAAAAAAAAGAAGGAACGGAAAAGAAGGGGAAGAGAUUUGGGGAUGAUAACGCGGUCGAAUCUGGCGGAGCAGUUGAGGGAGUACCAGAUCCGGUCCAAGAACGAGUGGGCUUCCGCCGCCUUCUUCUCCUCCACCUCCAACAUCCCUUCCAGGCUGGAUGUGAUCUCUAUAAUAUGGGAGCUGUUGAUAUUUGCUUUCCUUGUUCUCUCGGCAGUUUCUUUAUAUUUCAGGCAUAUGAGGCUUGCCUUUGUCUUGAUAUGUGUCACAACAGUUUUUCUUAUUUGCAUGAGAAAAACUAAACAUGUAAGACAAAACAGGAAAAGUGAAAGAAGAAUGCUUCUGCCUUUGUCAAUGUAGAGCUGUAGGGAACUAGCCUUCUUUACGUGGCCAUGUCAUAGUCAUGCUGCUAAAUAUAUACUUUUUUCCAAGGUUUCCUUACUGCUUGAAAUUAUGAGUUGCAUGUUU